AUGUCUAGAGAAAUCCCAGCUGGUAGUGUUUCAUGUUUAGCCAAUGCUUUGUUAAAUUUACGUAGUUCAUCUGACCUUAAUGCUGAUCAUGGUGCUAAAAACUCUGUUUUAAACUUUAUGAAUUCUCAAGAUAAAAGUAGAUUUGAUGGAUCAGAAGCAUGGUGUGCUUCAACCAAUGAUCCUGGCCAAUUCCUCAUUGCAGGUAGUCUAGUAAUAAGUGAAUUUGUUGCUAUUAUAACCCAAGGCCGUGGUGAUGCUGAUCAAUGGGUUACUUCAUAUAAACUCAGAUACUCCUUGGACAAUGUAACAUGGUUUGAUUAUAACAAUGGUCAAGUUUUCAAUGGAAAUACUGAUCAAUACUCAAUUGUAGUCCAUGUUUUCCCACAACCAUUUCGUGCUAGAUCUGUUUCUAUCCAUCCAGUUACAUACCAUAACCACAUUGCACUUCGUUGGGAACUUUAUGCCAAACCAGCAGAAAGCAACAUUGUACAAGUUGGUCGUACUAGUAUUGGUGAUGGAGCUCUUAAUUCCGGUAGUGGACAUCGUGAAACUUUUCGUCAUAUUAACUUUGAUAAACCAUUCAACAAGAUACCAAUGGUUGCCCUCGGAACCACCCAAAUUGAUGGUUCAACCGAUAAUGGUCAAUUGAGAUACCGUGUCGAAGCUGUCAAUGUUUCAACAACUGGCUUUGAUGCUAAAUUUAUUACAUGGGGUAGUAACAUAUUAUACGAUGUCACUGUUAACUAUAUUGCAGUUGAAAAAUAA